AUGCUGAUGAUGGGUCGUCGGGCAUUAAAAGGUGAAGAACUUUUAGGGCUUUUGCUUCCUACCACAACGGCGGCAGAGGAAUCGCCGGAGGGUGCAAGGCUGGCUGUAAUUGCACAUGUCGUGGGUCUGUUACGAGAACGAAGCAAAGGGAGAAAAGGUCACAUAGAUCUCAUGGCGUUGGAAUCAAGAGGAGAAGGUUUCGGUGGGUUUCUAGUCGCGAAAGAAAUUACCGGAGAAGGAGUCACGGUGGUGAUCGGAGACGUGACAUAG